GGGAGGAGGAGGAGGCGGAGAGGAGGCGGCAGCUGCAGCUUCUCCGUCGCUCGACGUCCAGGGAGCCCGCAAGAAGACAGCAUCCUCGGGAAGCGCCGCCAGCAGCGUCCGCCACCUUCGCCAGCCGAAGAGGCGAGGGCGGCCACAAAGGGUUCUUUGUGCGGCGGCGGCCCCUUCGUCCUUCUCACUUGGCCGGCGCCAGCAUGGGGACAGCCAGCGCCACCUUCGUAGCCGUGCUGGCGGCGUCCGCCUGCGUCCUCUUCCUCGACGCGGCAGGUGAAAUGGAAAUACCAGAUUCUGAUGAUCCUUUAGGCCAAAUGGAUGGACAUGACAGACCAGUUCCAACACAUAAAGGCUACUUUUUGACCUUUUUGGAACCAGUCAACAAUAUCACCAUAGUCCAGGGCCAGACGGCAAUUCUCCACUGCAAAGUCGCAGGAAAUCCAUCGCCAAAUGUCAGGUGGUUGAAAAACGAUGCGCCAGUGGUUCAAGAACCAAGAAGGAUCACCAUAAGGAAAACAGACUAUGGCUCGCGACUUCGAAUCCAAGAUCUCGACACCACUGACACUGGGUAUUAUCAAUGCGUGGCUACAAAUGGGAUGAAGACCAUCACUGCAACAGGAGUUCUGUUUGUAAGGCUGGGUCCAACACACAGUCCGAACCACAAUUUCCAGGAAGAUUACCACGAAGAUGGGUUUUGCCAGCCUUACAGGGGAAUUGCUUGCGCUCGCAUCAUUGGAAACAGGACUAUUUACGUGGAUUCCCUCCAGAUGCAAGGGGAAAUCGAGAACCGAAUCACUGCUGCAUUUACCAUGAUUGGCACAUCCACCCAUUUAUCGGAUCAGUGCUCCCAGUUUGCCAUUCCCUCCUUCUGCCACUUUGUGUUUCCUCUCUGCGACGAGCGUGCUCGGACACCUAAACCAAGGGAGCUCUGUCGGGAUGAGUGUGAAGUUCUGGAGAAUGACCUCUGUAGGCAGGAAUACAACAUUGCUAGAUCUAAUCCGCUCAUUCUGAUGCAACUCCAGCCACCCAAAUGUGAAGACUUGCCCUUGCCAGAAACUUUGGAGGCUGCCAAUUGCAUAAGGAUCGGAAUACCUGUAGAUCGGCUCAACAGGUAUCACCAGUGUUACAAUGGCUCUGGAGCAGAUUAUAGAGGCACCAUCAGUGUCACAAAGUCAGGCCACCAUUGCCAAUAUUGGGACUCUCAGCAUCCUCAUCCCCAUCACUUGUCAAGCACAGAGUUUCCAGAACUUGGAGGGGGACACGCAUACUGUCGCAAUCCCGGAAGCCAGAUGGAAGGUCCCUGGUGUUUUACGCAAAACAAAAACGUACGCAUGGAACUGUGUGAAGUACCUUCUUGUAGUCCACGUGACAACAGCAAAAUGGGAAUCCUCUACAUCCUGGUACCCAGCAUAGCAAUUCCUUUGGUUAUUGCCUGCCUUUUCUUCUUGGUGUGUAUGUGCAGGAACAAGCAGAAGACAUCUGCUACUACUCCACAGCGUCGCCAGCUGAUGGCAUCUCCUAGCCAGGAUAUGGAAAUGCCUCUCAUUAAUCAGCACAAACAGACUAAGCUGAAAGAGAUCAGUCUCUCCACGGUGAGGUUCAUGGAGGAGCUUGGCGAGGAGAAGUUUGGGAAAGUUUAUAAGGGCCACCUGUUUGGCACGACGCCAGGCGAGCAGACACAGGCAGUUGCCAUCAAAACCCUCAAGGAUAAAGCUGACUUAGCCCUCCGGGAAGAAUUUAAACACGAAGCGAUGAUGAGGUCAAGGUUACAGCACCCAAAUAUCGUUUGCUUACUGGGAAUAGUGACAAAAGAGCAGCCCAUCAGUAUGAUUUUCAGCUACUGUUCCCAUAGCGACCUGCAUGAGUUUUUGGUUAUGAGGUCCCCUCAUUCUGACGUCGGCAGCACUGAUGACGACAAGACCGUGAAGUCCACCUUGGAGCCAGCAGAUUUUUUCCACAUUGUGACUCAGAUAGCUGCAGGGAUGGAAUACCUGUCGAGCCACCAUGUUGUCCACAAAGAUUUAGCCACUAGAAAUGUAUUGGUGUUUGACAAACUCAGUGUGAGAAUAUCUGACUUGGGCCUUUUCAGGGAAGUCUAUUCUGCUGACUACUACAAACUCAUGGGAAAUUCUCCUCUGCCCAUACGGUGGAUGUCCCCUGAGGCCAUCAUGUAUGGCAAGUUUUCCAUUGAUUCUGACAUCUGGUCCUACGGAGUGGUAUUGUGGGAGAUCUUCAGCUACGGCUUGCAGCCUUACUGUGGCUAUUCCAACCAAGAUGUCAUCGAGAUGAUAAGAAACAGGCAGUUUUUGCCGUGUCCCGAUGACUGCCCUGCGUGGAUGUACUCGCUGAUGUUGGAAUGUUGGAGCGAAUUUCCCAACCGAAGACCAAGAUUUAAAGACAUCCACAACAGGCUGAGAACCUGGGGGAACUUGUCGAAUUACAACAGCUCGGCUCAAACGUCCGGGGCGAGCAACACCACGCAAACCAGUUCCCUCAGCACAAGCCCCGUCAGCAAUGUCAGCAACACUAGGUAUGUUGGACCAAAACAGAAAGCACAAGCUUUCCCUCAGCCACAGUUCAUACAAAUGAAAGGACAGAUACGGCCCAUGGUUCCGCCACCUCAACUCUACAUUCCCGUCAAUGGUUACCAACCGAUGCCGGCCUACGGAGCUUAUUUGCCCAAUUUCUAUCCCGUGCAGAUCCCGAUGCACAUGGCUGCUCAGCAGAUGGCCCCUCAGAUGAUUCCCAAACCAGGGUCCCACCACAGUGGCAGCGGUUCCACAAGCACGGGAUACGUAACAACUGCUCCCUCCAAUGCCUCGGUGGCGGACAGGGCUGCUCUGCUGUCUGAAGGCGCAGAUGAUGCGCACGCCGCAGAAGAUGUUGCUCAGAGUCUGGUCCAGGAAGAGGAGGAGGAAGAGGGCUCGGUGCCCGAAACAGAAUUAUUGGGUGAUAAUGACACUCUUCAGAUGGACGAGGCAGAACUCCAGGCAGAAGCCUAGAGAUGUUGCCUUACUACAGAGACAAAAUGAGGCACGUCUUCAGUCCACUGGAGGCUGUCGUCCUUCUGACUUGUAUAAUCAAUGUGUCGUUUCCCCCCCCCCCCAUUGGACUUUUACACACACAAUGAUCCAAAACCACCUGAGAUGCAGCAAUCAUGCAGCAAUCAUGUUUAAAGGAUUUUUCUUUCCGGCAGAUGUAUGCAAAUAUGAAGAUUGGGAAUUGCUGUUUCUGAAUCUAGGGUUGAUUGCAGUUUUUUUGCAGGGAGGCUGCUUUUAUAAUAUACUGUUGCUGUGCAACAGAAAGUCGAAAUGCAUUGCACAUCAUGUAUAUCUUGAACUCUGAUUGUAAUUUUUUUUUAAGGAAUUUCGGUAAAAUCAGUAACCAAAAAAAAAAGAGCUGGUUAACAAUAACACACAGGGUUGUUCUGCAUGUGAAGACGUGCUCAAGGUAUAAGGGACAUCCUCAUAGCUGCCAAGUACCCCGUUUUCUCCAGGAAAAGCCCGAUUUUACUUACCUUUUCCCGGUUGUCCCCUGUAUCACUUCAUCUCCCGUUUUUCUCCGUUAUUUUCUCCUGCCGGCGGCCUUUUUUUUUCUUUCCAAUUUGCCCUUCUAUGGGCACAAAAAAUGGCCGCCGCCGGCUUCAAAAGUCGCAUCUACGCAUGUCCGGAAGUGCAUAGACGCGACUUCCGGUGUCGGUGGCGGCCAUUUUUUGUGCCCAUAGAAGGGUAAAGCGACACCUGAAGUUGCGUCGACGCAACUUCCGGUGUCACACGGCUGCCGGUCCCGGAUUCUGCAGUCCGGGACUUGGAAGGUAAGCAUCCUACAAACAGAAUCUUUGUCUCAUUGAUAGAAUUGAUUUGGAAGGGGGUUAUUCAAAUAUAGGUAAGAAGAGACAGGUAAGAAUAUUAUUCCAGAUUUGAAAUGUAGCUGAAGUUCAGAUAAGAAAGCCGAAUGACUGGUAUGCAUUUAUCUUAGUGACUGAGCAUUGCAUCCCCACCCCCACCCCACUGAAGAAAUGAAUUGAUUUCCAUUAUAAAGGAAUGGAAGUAUAACAUAUGUUUUAGCAGCAAAUAUAUUUUUCUAACCAAAAGAAGUGACCUGGUAGGCUUUGCACUAACUGAAUAAGCCAACCUCUUUUGCCUGUUGUGGUCAAAUCUUGAUAAAGGGCUCAGAAAUACAUUAUCACAUAUUAUUGAUCGUGUUGAUCAAUAAGAAUUUUAAACUCAUUUGGAAUUUAGUUAAAAAGGUGCUAGAAAAACACACACCCUCCUUUGUUUUUCUUGGGGAAAAGAACCUUUUUUAGAGAUUGCAGAUCUUUAAAGACCAAAAUAAGCAAUAUUGUAUAGAAUGUGUGGAUACAUGUUUAAUGCUUUUCUUUGUGAGAUGAAUCAUGUACAGACUUUGAAAUGUAAUUUAUGUUUUGUUACAUUUUAUAUGGGUUUUUUAUUGCAGCAUUUGGAUCUUUGAAAAGAAUGCCUAUAUAACUUAACCGUUUACAUUAUGCUUUGUAAUAUUUUAUGGGGAUUUGUAUGCUUUGAUAUGUUGAGAAAUACUGGUCCAAACAUUUCAUAGCCAUACAUUUCAUACAUCCUGUAAUAUAAAUAUUCCCUGAAUUGUAUUAUAAUGUAGCUACAUAUACAUUGUAGUUCUAGGCUGUAAAUCCAUCACAUGGACUAUCUAACAAAGCAGCACAUAAAUAUCUGAUUAAUUUGUAAGAUGUUGUAAAAAGAAAAAAAAUACACUGUAAAUGUGGAAAUUCUCAUUUCCAUUCUGCCAUGUUUUACCAUAAAAACUGUUCCUUUGCGAAGUACAUUUGGGUUAUGUGAGGCGCGCCAUUGCAAUCUGCAGCCUGUCUUAGUAACAGGAACUACUUAACUGGUUUCCAGUUUAUCUCUUGAAAUUUGCUAUGCACUGGUAGGUAAAGGAUGAGAAGCUCUCUUGCUUGUUAAUAUAAAUGCGAGUUGGAGAAUAUCAAUAAAUAAUACAAAUAAAAUUGAAGUUUAUUUAGUUUAUUAAAUGCGUCGAUGACCUUCAAUACUGUAAUGCAGCUGAAUUUAAGAACUUUCUCCUCCUAUGCUCCCGUUUUCUUAUUUAUGAGCAUUGACAUGGCGGCACAAAAAUAAUUGUAUGCCCAGAGUCCAGAAUGGGAGGCCAAUUCAUUCAUUCAUUUUAAAUGAAUGUUUUGCACCCAAGUGGUGCCUCUCUGCCGAUUGAAAAUUAUCUGAUUUGGUGGAGCCUUCCAGCAGAGGAACGGGGACUAAGGCG